AUGGAUUCCAAUGAUAAAACCGAAUAUAACGAUAUUAACGAGGAAAUUUUAAAGAAUUGGGAAAAUAAGUCGAAGGAAAAAAAUGAUGUCACCUAUAAAAUGGCAUUAGCUGGAUUUUUUAUGAAGGGUAAUAAAGAUGAUUUUGCUAAAACGAAAAAAUGUUAUUUAGAAGCCAAAAAUUUGUAUUUAAAAGCCGCAAAGCUUGAUCCUAUUGAAGCAAACUUAUCUUUAGGAUAUAUUUAUUCUAUUGGCUUGACUCAAAAAAAUGAUUACAAACCAAGAAAGGCCAAAAAAUUAUUCAAAAAGGUGGCGAGAAAAGCGGCUGCUUCGAAAUCGGAUACGAAUGAAUUAAUAGCUGGAAUGGUCAUGCGAAAUAUUGCUACGUUGUUUCAUAACUAUUCUAUUGAACCAAGUUUUUUUGAUAGAUUCAAAAAUCUUGCUGUUAGUGAUAAAAAGCAAUGGAAUUUAAAAAAAGCAGAAAAAUGGUAUAAAAGAUCUAGUGAUAAAAAAGAUAGUCAAUCUGCAUAUAACCUUGGAUUACUUUAUGAAGGAUUUAAAGAAAAUAAAGGCGAAGCAGAAGCAUGGUUUAAGAAAGCAUUCGAUUUUAAUAAUAAUAAUUUAUAUGCGAAAGCUAAACUUGGAAGAAUAUUAAUAAAUAAAGAAGGUACGGAUGAAAACAAAAGAAACGAGGGAAUUAAAAUGUUGAAAGAAGCAGCAGAAGACGGGUUAGUUAUGGGACAGGUAUUUCUUGGUCGAGCUUAUGAGGAAGGAAUAAUUACCGAAGGGAAGGUUAAGGAUUACAAAAAUGCUGUUGAAUUAUAUUCUAAAGCUGCUUGGCAAAAUCGUGGAUAUUAUAGCCAUGUUGCACAAUUUCGUCUCAAAGAAUUAGAAGCUGAAAUCCAUAUUGAAAAUAUUGACGAUAUCAAGGAAAUGUACACAAAAGAAUUGGAACAUGGCUAUAUCGAAAAUGAAGAAAAACUUAAAAAGUUUUGUUUUUAA